UCGACAGUGAAGAAGGAGAUCCAGCUGAUCAGGGGGUCGAUCUGCGCUUUCCCCCUAGCUCAUCUUCCCUCUCAUUUUGGCUCAUGGUCUUUCCAAGACUCUGUGGAGAAGAACAAGGCAUAGAUAACCCACCCUAGAGCGCUAGCUGGCGGCAAAACAUCUGUCCCGCGGAUGCAGCAUAUGAACCUGGCCAAUUUCAACCAGCCCACUUCAGCAAUCAUUUCUUGAUCACAGCCAUGGUUCCUGCACCCAAUGCAGACGACUCCCUCGACCCUCUGCUGCUAACCGAGGGCGGCAAGGCUCCUCUUGCACACAUCCCCCCCAGACUUUCCCAACAGGAGACGCGCAAUGCUGAGGUUGACAUCAUCUCGAAUGCAGAAGAUCCAUUGCUAGGCAAGGCCCAGAGCUCUUCUCUUGGUUUUACAAAGCUAGAUCUUCUCGAAGCGAUCGACGGCCGGGCACUGGCGGGUGCGGGCACCGCAAACCAGCUCCAGACGAUCUUCAACAUCAUCAACCUAUACAUGGGCAUCGGAGUCUUUGUCAUCGGGCACGCAUUUGCUUUAGGCGGCUGGGCGACCCUCCUAUUUCUCUUCCUCUUCAGCGCCGUCUUCUGCUUCAGCGCUCAGCUCCUGUGCGCGUCCUUUGAGAAGUUGCCCGGGGAAACCGCACCUAGUUACCCAGCCUUGGGUUUCCUGGCGGGCGGUGCGGUGGGGCAGUGGGGGGUAUUUCUGGUCUCCGUCACGGAGUUCUUCGGCGACACCUGUAUUCUGCUGUUAUCCAUUUGGCAGUCCUUGAUUGUGCUCUUUCCCCCAAGCGGGGGAGUGUGCCUGGGGCUCGUGUGUUUAGAUCCUAGGCAGUCCGUGAUUCUAGCCACUUUGGUGGCGCUACUCCCGGCAAUCUGGCUCCGGGGUUUCUCAAAGCUGACAGUGAUAGCAGUGUCUGGGGUAGUGUCCAGUCUCGUGCUGACAGCUGUCAUGGUGGGCACUGUCGUGAUUGACCCAACAUCAGCGCACGUGAGUGGGGAGGGAUCACACCAGCACACGUUCCUCAGGGCCCCAUCACUGCCAACCGGAAUUGGUGUGAUGCUCGUGUCGCUCUCAGGCCACCAGUCGCUGCCCUCUUUGAAGAGAAGUAUGAGGCGCCCGCAGCAUUUUGGGAGGUGUUUGUACGUUGCUUUUGGAUCCAUGUUUUUGUUGUACGCUGUAAUGGGGAGCCUUUCCUACCAGUACUUUGGCGAGAGCUGCGACGUUCUGGUGACCCACAAUCUCAUCAAGUCAAGCGCAAUUUCAAAGUGGGUCAUCUUGCGGUUCGGCGCUUUUCGAGUUAGGUUAGCCCAAGUGCUCUCAGCCCUGCUCGCUCUUAGCGCAUUCUCAACUACCCCGCCGGUAGUUCUUGUCUUGGGCGACCUGCUAAUCGACAUGACACAAGGGGGAGCACAAGGCCACGUGUCAUCCUUGAGCAUGUUCCGGUUAGCACGCUACUCCAAGCAGCAACCCCGAUUGUCCCCACACUAG